AUGGCAACAUCAGUAUUCAACCCGCAUUUGCGACUGCUCAACGCUCUCCGAGCCAACGCAAAGCCAAUCAUGACCUUCUUAGGGCUUCCGUCUUUUCGCACCGCCCAGAUUGUAGCCCAGACCGGCCUUGAUGGUAUCAUCAUCGACUGUGAACAUGGUCAUAUAAGCGACGAUUCUAUGCACAGCGCAACUGCCGCCAUUGCUUCCAUGGGGGUGUCACCGCUGGUGCGUCUCCGCAUGACGCACUCGGACUUGAUCAAAAGAGCUUUGGAUGCUGGUGCACACGGCAUCGUCGUCCCUCGAAUAAAUACCACCGAGGAAGCCCGGAACGUGGUCUCCUAUUCCAAGUUCCCUCCACAGGGCCUUAGGGGACAGGGUUCGGCGUUUCCAGCCCUCACUCAUGCAAUCGAUAUCCCGACAUACAUCAAAACAGCAAACGAGACGCUUCUUACAUGUAUCCAGAUUGAAUCGAAAGUAGGGGUGGAGAAUGUCGAUGCUAUAUGUGCUGUUCCUGAUAUGAUCUUCAUCGGGCCCAAUGACCUGGCCCUAUCGCUGUUGGGCUAUGUGCCGGCAAAAGGUGAUGGGCCUGAGUUUGUGAAUGCUAUUGAUAAGAUUGUGGCUGCAGUUAAGAAGCAUGGUAAGUGGGUUGGUCGGUUAUCCAACGACGGGGCUCUAUGUAAAGAGCAUUUGAAGGCUUCUGAUACGGUGGCUUUGAUUUACGAUAUUUGGGCCAUGCAGAACAGGUAUACCCGUGAGUUGGAAGUAGCGCGUGCGUGA